AUGCUUCCGCCCAGCAACGACCGCCGUAGCCGGCUUCCUCCUUGGAUCAGUCGUUGGCUUGGCUAUCGCGCCUCGUCUCCCGCACCUCUCCCUUGGUACUUGACCUACUUGUGGUCCUUUGUCGCUGCCUUCUGCGGGCUGUCGGUCCUUCAGGCAAUAUUCAACUACUCAAACUACUUCAAGGCUCGUCACGUGCCUGGUAUCAUAGCCUCAUACGGCGCCUCAGCAGUUCUUGUCUACGGUGUGCCCCAGGCCCCGCUUUCUCAGCCACGGGCUCUCGUUGGCGGGCACUUCCUCAGCGCACUUGUUGGAAUUUGCGUUACAAAGCUUUUCAGCCUCAUGCCUUCGGACUCCAAGUUCGAAUCACUACGCUGGCUAGCCGCCUCGCUAUCCACAGCCAUUGCUAUUGUCGUCAUGCAGAUCACGGAAACGACACAUCCACCCGCAGGAGCCACUGCAUUAUUACCUGCCGUCGAUGAGGACAUUUGGAACUUGUCAUGGUACUAUCUCCCUAUCGUUCUGCUAUCUUCGACCAUGAUCCUCCUCGUCGGCAUUGUUAUCAACAAUACUCAGCGUGUUUACCCUGUUUUCUGGUUCGCUCCAGCGAAACCUGCCAAGGUUGAGCAGGGGCCGGAGUCGAAGGGGUGA